AUGGGCCCAAAGGCGAGGCCUAAGUGCCGGCUGGCUACGGUCAGCCCCCAUAAAUUAAGAAUCCAGAAUCCAGAAGAUGCCUACGUAUGGCAAAAAUCAGGGAGUUUCCACCUUCUGCAUUACUCAAGUACAUUCAAGCAGUUGGGUGGUUUGACGAGUAGAAGAGCGGGAAAACACCCUGAUAUGGACUUGGGGAAGGUGUGUUUUUAUAUUCAUCGGUUCCAAAUUAUUGAGCUUAAUUCCUACAUUACAUUAGAGAUGGAUUUUAAAACUAAUAUGAAGUCGUGGAUGGAAAAAUUACUAAAAAAUGAGAAUAUUGAUAAUUUAGAUGUGGCUAUAUUAGGAAAUUCAGAAAAAGGCGAUGGUUAUAUGGGAGAUAUCGUGUUUGCUGAAGUAAAGGGUACCACGACAGAAGGAAUCUGUAAGAAAUAUAAUAUUGCUCUAAAAUGCUCCAAAAGUAGUCCGUCUCUCAGAGAAAAAUCGUCAGUGAAAGAAGCUUUUCUCAACGAAAUUUACUUCUACGAUGUUAUUUUCCCCAGUUUCAAGAAAUUUCAGCAAGACAGGAAAAUUGAUAAACUAUUUGAAAAUGUACCGAUAUGCUAUGGUACUUUGAGCAAUGGUAAUAUGGAAGUUCUGGCCUUAGAAAACCUAAAAAGUAAAGGUUACAUUUUAUGGAAUAAAGCGAAACCUUUAACUAGAAAACAUAUUGAUAUGAUCGUCGCAGAAUAUGGAAAAUUUCACGCAAUUUCAAUAGCCAUGAAAGAUCAAGAGCCCAGAGCUUUCCAAAAAUUGAUAGAUGGUAUAGAAAACAUGUUUAAAAAAUUCCAGGAAACUUGUGAUAUAGUUAAUGUUUAUGAACGAAUUUUUGAUGAAAUUUAUAACUUGUUGAAAAAUGAAUUGGACGAAGAUAUAUUGGACAAAUGGCAAGGUUUCAAACUACAACUGCGAACUUUUUUGUUUCAAAUUAGUGAGCACGUGGAAGGAGAAAAUGUGAUUCUUCAUGGUGAUUGUUGGAAUAACAAUUUUAUGCAUUACCACAAGAACGAUCAACCGUCUACAUUUGCCAUUUUAGACUGGCAAUUGAUAAGAUAUUCAUCCCCUGUUUUCGAUUUGUCGUACCUUCUGUUUGCUUGUUUAUCAGAAGAGGACAUAUAUGAUAUGGAACAAAUUAAAAAACAUUACCAUGAGUCCUUGUUGGAGCACUUGGAAAAAUUGGGUUCAUGUACUUCCUUGUAUCCAAUUUGUUUGGCAGAAACCAACGAAAUUCCUGAUGUGGGUGAAGCAGCUGACAAAGGAGACGAUAUUGCUACAGGGUUUGGACAACCUAUUAAGAAUACCACGGAUUACAAAAAAAGAAUGAAGUAUAUCAUUAAAUAUGCCGCAGAAAAUAAUUUAAUUUAA